AAAUUUCAUCAACAACAACGAUUAUUACGUACAAGUGAUAAUCAAUCAAUAAAAACAUUAUCAUCAUCAUCAUCAUCAUCAUCAUCAUCGAUUGAAAAUCAAUAUAAAACAAAUGAAAUGUCCAUUAUUAAUGGUCAACAAGUUUUUGUUGAUCAUAUUCAUAAAAUGUCAACAAUAUUACCAUUAUCAUUAUUAUCAAUAUCAACAGCAGCAACAACAACAACAACAACGAUAGCAUAUCCAUUAUUUGAUUAUCCCCAUCAUAAUCAUCAAUAUUCACUAAAAAAUCAUCAUAUAAAAUCAUUAUCAUCAGAAAAUAAUGGUCAUAUUGAUGAUGGAAUACAGAAUUUUGAAAAUAAUAAUUCAACAUUAAAUGAAUUAUAUGCAAAUGAAAUCAUACGAUUAGCAAUGGAAUUUAAUCGCCAACGGCCAUUAUCCAUUCGUGAUUGUUCAGUAAUUAUAAUGUAUGGCUUGAUUGUAUUGGUAUCAUUAUUCGGUAAUCUACUCGUAUGUAAAGUAAUAUUAUUCAAACAAGCAAUGCGUCGCCGUAUAACACAUAUAUUCAUUGCCAAUCUAACCAUUAGUGAUUUAUUGAUGACCAUAUUCACUAUACCUAUGAAUACGGCUCGUCAAAUAUUAGAUGAUUGGCCAUUCGGUGAAUUCUGUUGUAAAUUAGUACCAUUUGUACAGGCCAUUUCGGUAUAUGUAUCAGCAUUAUCAAUGACAAUGAUUGCUAUCGAUCGUUAUCAGGCAUUAGUACGGCCAUUACAACCACGUUUAAUACAACGUUUACCACGUUGGAUUUGGAUCACAUCAAUUUGGCUAUUUGCAUCAUUAAUAUCCAUACCAUUUGCAAUAUUCAAUCAUGUUGUCAAUGUAUUAACCAUACAUCCAUACAUACCAUUUGGUAAUAAUGAAAAAUUAUUCCGCUGUAAAGCACUAUAUCCGGGCAAUGAUCCAGAAUAUUAUCAACGUUUAAUCACUUGUUUAGCAUUUGUAACACAAUUCUGUAUACCAAUGAUUAUUGUUGCUUAUUGUUAUAUAACCAUUGGAAUGAAAAUCAGUAAACGUUCUUGUAUUGGUGAAACAAUCGAUGGUGGCCAACAAACAUAUUUGAAACAGAAACGUAAAACAAUUAAAAUGUUAAUAUUUGUGGUGGCAACAUUUGCCAUUUGUUGGCUACCAUAUAAUCUGUUAUUUAUUGUUGAAGAUUUUUUUCAUAUUAAUUUCUCAUUAACAAUACAUUACCUGAUACAUUGGCUGGCCAUGAGUUCAAUUUGUUAUAAUCCGUUUAUUUAUUUUUGGCUAAAUCGUGGCUAUCGUCAAGGUAUAUUGAAUAUAUUGAAAUAUUGUUAUUGUUGCCGUUAUUAUCAUCGUCAUCAUCAUCAUCACCAUGAUCAUCACAAUGAUCAUCAUCAGCAUCGUAAUUCAGCUACUAAUAAUGAAAAUAAUGAGAAUGAAAAUAGAAUCAAUAAUACAGAUUAUGUGAAUGAUCCAUUUAGCGAAAUGGAUACGAUAAACAUGCAAAUUAAUCAUAAUCAUCAUCAUAAUCAAAAUGAAAUAAUCAUAACAAACAAACAGCAGCAGAAAUGA